AUGAUCUCCAGAGCUGCUGUGGCUCCGCCAGCCCACGCCAUUCCCUAUGUCUCGUCUCGCGCCCUGACCUCCGCGGCCGCCGCAUCUCUCCCUCGCUUGACAUCUGCACAGCCAGCCGUUAAACAGUCGCCCGCACCACAAAACCAGCAGCAGUCACAGCAAUUAGCACAGCAGCAGCCGCAAGCACAGCGACGAGGCUUUGCUACCGUUCAAGAUGGCACUGCUGCGCACCCACCACGGGUAUACGGUGGAUUGAAGGACCAGGACAGAAUAUUUCAGAACUUGUACGGACGACAUCCUCCGGACCUAAAGCAUGCCAUGAAAUGUGGAGAUUGGUACAAGACGAAGGAGAUUAUUCUCAAGGGCCACGACUGGAUCAUUUCUGAGAUCAAAACAUCCGGACUUAGAGGCCGAGGUGGUGCUGGAUUCCCAUCUGGUUUGAAAUGGUCUUUCAUGAACUUCAAAGAUUGGGACAAGGAUACCAAGCCCAGAUACCUCGUCGUGAACGCUGAUGAGGGUGAACCCGGUACCUGCAAGGACCGUGAGAUUAUGCGCAAGGACCCCCACAAGCUCAUCGAAGGAUGUCUCGUCUCCGGGCGUGCCAUGAACGCAACUGCAGCAUACAUCUAUAUCCGAGGUGAAUUCUACGAGGAGGCCACUGUUUUACAAAAGGCGAUCAACGAAGCCUACGCUGCGGGCCUCAUUGGAAAGAAUGCCUGCGGUUCCGGAUAUGACUUCGACGUCUACAUUCACCGUGGAAUGGGCGCUUAUAUCUGUGGUGAAGAAACUGCUUUAAUUGAGUCAAUUGAAGGCAAGGCCGGAAAGCCCCGUCUAAAGCCUCCGUUCCCUGCUGCCGUCGGUCUCUUCGGUUGUCCCAGCACUGUCACUAACGUCGAAACCGUUGCUGUCGCUCCCACAAUCUGCCGUCGUGGUGGUAAAUGGUUUGCUGGCUUUGGCCGUGAGAGAAACCAGGGAACCAAGCUGUUCUGUAUCUCUGGCCAUGUCAACAACCCCUGCACCGUUGAGGAAGAGAUGUCUAUUCCUCUCCGCGAACUGAUUGACCGUCACUGUGGCGGAGUUCGAGGUGGUUGGGACAACCUCCUUGCCGUUAUUCCCGGCGGCUCCUCUACUCCCGUGCUUCCCAAGCACAUCUGUGACGACCAGAUGAUGGACUUUGAUGCUCUUAAAGAUUCUCAAUCCGGUCUCGGUACUGCUGCCGUUAUAGUCAUGGACAAGUCUACCGAUAUCGUUCGCGCGAUCUCCCGGCUCUCUGCUUUCUACCGCCACGAAAGUUGUGGACAAUGUACCCCUUGCCGUGAAGGAAGCAAAUGGACCUUGCAAAUGAUGGAGCGAUUCGAACGUGGCCAGGCCCGUGAACGUGAAAUUGAUAUGCUUCAGGAACUUACUAAACAAGUUGAAGGCCACACCAUUUGCGCUUUAGGUGAGGCUUUUGCUUGGCCUAUCCAGGGCUUGAUCCGCCACUUCAGACCAGAACUUGAAGCCAGAAUACGUCAGAACGCGCAGGCAAAUGGAGGAAAGGAGGUCUUUGCCGGUGGUUGGGCUCCCAACACCCGUCAAGAGGGCAAGUUGAUUGCUCCUGGACAGUAG